GGGUGCAUGUGAAGAAGGAGCUCGACCCUGAAAGCUUGUCCACCCCAGCAGCGGUGAAGCGCGUCGAGCUCGUCGUGACGCAGCAUCCAACCUUCCAUCCUCAGCCCGACAUUCUAAUCACAUUCAUCGCUCGCCUCCACCAUGGAUUUUGCCUACGAUCAGAUCCAAGAGGAGUCUCUUCCCUCCGACAGCUCAAGCCAACAAAAUACCUCAGACCGUCCAGCUACCGACCUAAACACCGAGUUACAACAAGCGUUCAAAGCCGUGUCUGCAUCACCAUGGGGAGCACGUCUGGGCGGCCUCUUCGCACAAGCCAAGAAACAAGGAGAAAGUCUUUACUCGGACGCUCAAAAGGAAUAUGCGAGUCGCAGUGAACAAGCGGUGAAAGUGGCUGGAGAGCUUAGAGAGUCCAUCGUCGAGAGCACGAGGAACAUCAGUAUCAAGCCAGACGCUGGAGCGGCGAAUACUUCUUUCACAGAUCCGACAUUCGCUUUGCCAGAAGGAGCUACGGCGAGUUCCAAAGAAAAAGAAAAGGAAGGAACAAGAGACACGUCGGCAGGAGCAGAAGUUGCACGACCAGACUCAUUGCCAGCAGACAUCGUCAAGGAGGCUUCUUCGCUUGUCGCGCUCUUGCGCUCAAAGGCCACGGCAGCCACGGCAAACCUGAACCUCCAAAAGAUGCAAGCAGCCGAAGAUGCAGCAGACGAGGCCCUCCUCAAAUUCGGCACAAACAUCAAGUCCUUCCUUCGCGAUGCCGUCACCGUCACUGCUCCCUCAACCUCCUCGUCCAGCACAGAAGUCCUGUUCGAAACAAAUGACGCUGAAGGCAAGAGGGUUAUUCACUCUUCUCGCUUCGACGCUCAACUUCACGUCAUCCACACAUCGGCUCAGAGCUUCAUCACCGAUCCUGAUAGUCCCGAGUACAGCGACUUUGCAAAGGACUUUGACAUUUCGGCAAAGACCGAUGCUAUUGCUGCGGACCUCGAAAAGUACCCAGAGUUGAGAAGGGCAAUGGAGAAAGUCGUGCCGGAAAAGGUCGACUAUGCUACUUUCUGGACACGAUAUUACUUCCUGCGCAACGUCAUCCAGGAAGAGGAAGUCAGAAGACGAGAAGUGCUCAAGGGUGCAGCACAAUCAACCCACGAAGAAACAUCCUGGGGCUCCGACGAUUCGGAAGACGAAGAAGACAAGUCCUCCACACCCACAAAAGACCUGUCGCCUGCUUCUACCACUACCCUUCCUUCCACCACAACACCCACCAAACCGUCCACCGCCUCUGCGACCUCGAAAUCAGAAACACCCACCCAGCCUCAGAACGAGGAAGACAUCAAAUCUGUGUCCUCGUCUGAUGCAAGCUACGAUAUCGUAUCAGGAACAACCAGUCGUGCUGCAGGAAGUCCAAAAGACGAAAAGAGUGAGAAGAAUGCUGCAAAGGAAACAAAAAAGAUUGAAGAGGAGAGUGACGAGGAGGAUUGGGAGUAGAGUAUCCAUCGGGAGGCCUUGUGGGAUGAACCUGGCGAGGCCAAGGACGAUGAUGAGGCUGAAGGAGACGAGCAGUCUAAGAAAGGAUAUGAGUCUGAGAAAGAGGAGGAGCAGUCUAAGGGGGAGGAUGAUUCUGCUAAAAAUGCUCAGCUCGACGGGAACGGCGACUUUGACCAGUCUGACUCUGAAUCCGAGAGGGACAAGCCCAAGCCCAAGCCCAACAAAUCCUCUUCCGACGAUUCUGCUUCCGACGAGUCCGAGGAGGACGAAUCAGAGACCGAGGAGCAUCAAUCCGAGACUGAGGAGGACAAGUCUGGUUUCAAGUUCGAC